GAAACUCAUUUAGAAGCAUGUUCAAGUUUCAAUGCUACAGAUCUUUAUGAUGAAGAUGAUGGAAGUCAAAGUAAUGAACAUGGUGAAAGCAUUUAUAAAUUGGGAGAAUUAUCAGAUGACGCAUUAAUAGUCUUAAUGAGUGAAACCUCUUGUAUUAUGUAUAAUACUAAGAGUCGUAAACGGGUUAAGAUUCCAUAUUUUAAUGAGCAGGAUUUAUCUGAAUUUCUUGUUUCUUUUUUUAAAAAUGGAGAUUUUGUUCUUAUAAAUCAUUCAAAUAUUUAUGUAUAUUCUGUUAAUAUUAAUGCUAAAAAUAUUUUGCAAUGUAAAAAUAUUUUUGCUUUUACUAGUAAACUUGAUCAAUGUAUCUUAUCUAUAUAUGGGAAAUUACUUGUUGGAAAUGAUUAUUUAAAAUCUCAGUGGGACAUAAAAACUGGAAAUUUUGAAAUACAAUAUCCUUCUGCAAAUGAUCUAUUAUUCAAUAAUUAUAAUAAUCUAUUAGCAAUUUGGUACAAUGGUUUAAAGAUUUAUUCUGCAAAAACUGGAAUUGAAAUUUUUUCAUUUAGUGAUAAAAUAGAUUAUAAGGAUCCGCAUAAUGAACAUUUUCAAAUUAGUUUUUUAAAUCAGGGUGAACGUUUAUUAAUAGCUCACUUUAUAGAAUCAACAAUGGAAACUUGGAUAAUUGAUCCAUAUUCAUUUAACGAUCCAAUUAAGAUAGAUUUAUAUGAUGAUAUCAACUCAAAACAAAUUGGAUUUGUUCCUAAAAAGAUAUUUGAAAACAAGAUUAUAGGAAUUGUCAACCGUAAAGUUCAAAUAUAUGAUUUAUUUCAGGGUGAUUUUAAUGAAUACUUACCAAAAGAUUUUAAAGAUAAGAUUGAAAUUUGCCAGGAUGAUUUUAAAGAAUACCUGCGGGAAUAUUUUAAAGAUAAGAAUGAAAUUCACCUUCUUAGUAUCAUGGAAGAAAUAUUAUUCAAUAUAAAAAAGUCAAAAGGUGACAUUAGUGGUGUUUUUAAAGAUGAUACAGAACUAAUAAAAGAGUAUCCUGGGAAACUAGUUACUUGGAAAUAUGAUAAAAGUGAUGAAAAUAAAAUGAAAUUAUCUGCAUCUAGAUGUGGCGAUAAUACCUCUAAACCAUCUGAUGAAUUAAAUGUGGUUGAUGUAUUUCUUAAAAAAAAUCUACUUGACCCUUUGCAUAUUCUUGCAUUUGAACUAUUAUCUAAUGAUGAAUUAAUGAUAAUAGCAAAAUGGUAUCAUGAAGGUUUAGAAGAUUUUACUAUUGUUGUGGCUCUGGAUCAUGAUAAGAUUCAAAUAAAAUAUUUUUUUAAUACAAAUUAUUUACUAAAUUGCUUGGAAAUAUACAAGAUAAAUGAACCAUCUAAGAAACCAUCUGAGGAACUAUCCGAAGAACUGUCUGAAAAAUUACCUGAAAUACUGUCUCAGUCUGAAGAAAAGCUAGUUAAAAAACAAUCUAAAAAGCUAACUAAUAAAUAUCUGUCUAAAAUAUUAUUUUCUGUUAAAUACUUUGAAUUUAUUAUUAAGCAUCUCGAAUUGGAAUUUUUUAAACAAGAUAAUUCAUUAAAUAAUCUAAUUACAAGUCAUGUAGAAGAUAUUUCAUUUUUUAAAUUAUAUGCACAAAAUCUUUUAAUAGCCGCAAUUUCAAAGCAUAGAAUCGAUCUUGUUGACCAGGUUUUUAACAAAUGCAUGAAAUUAAUUGAGAACAAUCCAGAUGAAAUCAAUGUUCUUAAAAUAAUUACUCCAUAUUUACACAAACUUUAUGAAAGUUACCCUGGUCAUUUUAAUAAAUUUAUAUCAAAAACCUCUUUAUUAUUAAGUCCUAGUCAUAGAUCUAUAGAUUAUACAUCCUAUUCUCAUCUUCACUCAUAUACCACAGAGCCACAUAUGUUUAGACUUAUUCCAAUUUCAAGAAUUUAUUUAUUUAUAUAUAAUUUAAUUUCAUAUUUAAUGUUAUAUUAUUCAGAUUACUAUAAGAAACUAUCUGAAAAAAACUUCAUUGAUAAACAACCUACUAUACCUUCUAUCCAUUUGGUUGUUCCACUACCAAGUUUUUGUACAUAUAGAACAGAUUAUAAAUUUUGGAAAGAAAUGCUUGGAAGACCUUUAUCUAAUGGAUUUGUCAAAAUACAAGCCCCUGAAUUAUAUUCUAGUUGGACUGGUGAAGCUCUGCUUAAUUUUAAGUGGAGAACGUUUGGAAAGUACUUUUAUUAUCUUGAAUGGACCAUUUUUACACUUUUCCUUUUGGUAUUUUCCCUUGCUGUUACAGAGACUAGGGGGCUUGUUUCAGAUACUUGGCAAAAAAUAUUUUUGUGGAUAUCAAUUAUUAUUGGGUGUGCAUUAAUUAUGGCUACCGUUACUUCAAUUUAUUGGUUAUUAUAUGGCCCACCACCACAAUGGGUACCCUCAUUAGCAUGCCUGUUUCUUGACAUAAAAUUCUUAUUUUAUUUACGAGCAUUUGAAUAUUUUGGUAUCUUUUUUGCCAUUAUUAUUGGCGUUGCUCAAAAAGUGUUUUCAUAUUUAAUAGUUUUAGGAAUGAUUGUACUUGCAUUUGCUCAUGCUCUUUAUAUAUUACUUCAAGAACCAAGUGAAAAGUUGGAUUCAACUGAUGUUAAUACAGAUUUAUAUGCAAAUUUUGAGACAUCGCUUUUGGCUGUUUUCUUAUUAAUGACUGGUGAUAAUAGUUCACUUUCUACUUGGGAUUAUCGUGCAAACCCUAUUCUAGUCUUAUUGAUGGUUUCAUUUUCUUUUUUUACGGUUAUCUACUUGUUAAAUUUAUUUAUUGGAUUAUUAAGUAAUGCUAUUGAAGCUUAUGAUAACAGAGCUGAAUAUUUAAUACAAAAGGCUAAAAUCUUGAUACAAAUAGAGUUGUUUUGGCUUUUUCCAAAACAACGAAGGUGGCAACAUUGGUUUCCAGAAUACAUUUACUAUAUUGCGCAUAGAGACAAGGUUUAUAGUAAAAUUAUAGAAAUUAAUAAUGAUAAUGAUUUGCCUGAUGAUGCAAAACCAAUUAUUAGCAACGAACUUAAAAAGCUAGCCGGAAUAAAUAUAGAAUCGGAUAAGAAAGAUAAUUUAAAGUUAGAUAAUGUUGAUAUUAAAAAGAUUUUGGGUUUAGUUAAAGAGGAAUUAAUUAAAGAGAAAGACGGGACUGGAUAA